AUGGCGCGUUACACCGCCCUGUCUCUCCUCCUCUUCGUCCUCUCCGCCGCCCCCCAUCACUCCUCCGCCGCAGUCUCCGACUCGCUGAAGAACGCUUGCGCCAAAUUCGUCUUCCCCGACUUCUGCCUCAAGGCGCUUGGAGACGACCCCCGCAGCGCGACCGCCGACCUCCGCGGCCUCGGACUCAUCUCUCUCGAACUGUCCGUGGCCAGCGCCAAGGCUAUCAGCUCCGAUUAUGCUCAGCAACGACGCGACCCGUCCCACGACGCCAGCGGCAAGAACUGGCUGGAUUCGUGCCUGCUCCUCUACCAGCACAAUCUCCCUCCUCUGCUGGAUUACUCCCACAAGUUUCUGGAGAGCGGCAGCCCGGAGGUUGGGAGAGGGUUAUUGACUCAGGCGGGACAGGUGGCAACUGUUUGUGACGGAGGGAUGAAGGAGGGAGACAAAGCUAACCUGGGAUCCCUCAUUUUCCUCGCACAGAGGUUCAUGGAGCUCCUCAGUCCCCAGUAG